ACUCCAAGCAGAUCUCGGUGUAACGACCAGUAGUACUUUGUGAUUAAGAGUGGUUGAUAAAUUAAACACUACGUAGUGCGGAACGCAUGCAAUCUAAAGGGCAUUUUGUAAGUGAAUAAUUCUUCAAGAACACUUGAUAGUACUGGCCUGUGCCAGUGCAUCGUGAAUGCCCUAACGUAGGAUUAUCAAACAAAGGGCCAAAUCAAUGCCAUCUUUCUGGAAGGCUUUGGGUAAAUGGACGCUUUUCAUUUGGCCAAUUGGAAGGCAACGACCGUGAAGUACCAGCUCUAAACGCACCAGUUCAUUUACUAACAUCACAAACAACAAGCUUCAUCAUUCAGCACUGGCAGUGACCUCCAUGCAGGAGCUUUUAAAGCUUUCCCGAGGGUUGGACGAUCAGGAGACCUGACGUGGGAUUAUGAAAAUGAUGCGCUUAAACCAAAGAGGCAGGCAGGCCUCUUCCCAUUUCCACGAGUCGGUAGAUCUGGUGAUUUGACUUGGGAGUUUGCGCCCGGAGCCCCCGGGUAUGUUUGCCCCACUUGCUUUGGCCCUCGAGGGCGCGUCAGUGGAGCUCCGCCCGACUCUCUCCGCGUUGAGAACGUGGUCCCGUCUAGGCGCAUCGCGUCUCAGAGCAAUGCAGGAGAGGGCAAGCGCCAGGGGCUGAUCCCGUUCCGCGCGUGGCGGGUCGGGCCCGCGGGGCGGCGGCGGCGGCGG